AACCAACUCCUCAAAGGGGACUUAGAAGAAGAAGAAUACGAAAAGUCCUUUUUGCCUUUUUUCUCUCUGUUUUCUUUUGUUGCUUAUGAAUGGCGAGUUCUUCCAGAACAACAAAAUCUAGUGGACCAGUGCUUCGUUCUUCUCUCUCACAUUCUACCAAAUUCUGUUCUUAUUCAACGUCAAACGCACCGUUUCGCUCGUCUUCUUCAAGCUUCUUCGACAAUUCUCACUCGCACAUGCCGCACCGUUCAACUUCCCCGACGCGUGUUAACGUAAUCAGCACGGCGCCAUCUCCCUCCGUCCGGUUUGCCCUCGACCGAUCCAUCUCCCCGAGCCGGACCGUGUCGAGCCACGUAAUCGUCAAGAAGCACCACCGCCACGUUACGGUUCAGAAGAAAACGUGUAUGUGUUCCCCUACCAAUCAUCCCGGUUCGUUCCGCUGCAGCCUCCACAAGAACAGUCACAACCACACAUCCGCCGGUUCGUUUCCCUCAAACCGGCUCAACAUGCGUCGUUCCGCUAUGAAGAACUCGCUCGUCAGAAUCGGAGGCGUCGAAGGUGAGUGGGUGAAACGCGCUCUCACCGCGUUGAUUCGUCCUUCCUCGCAUCAACAGAGGAGAAGAUCCGCGUUCGAACCGAGACCGAGUCGUCUCUCGAUCAUGUCCAAAUCGGAAGAGGAUCUGUAAAUUUCUUAUCUCUCUCAUUACAGGUUUUGAAUCGCCGCCGCACUAGGAGGAUUCAUCGCCGCACUAGGAGGAUUCACCGGCUGCGUCGCCCUUUUUUGCAUAGAUCUAAGAAGUUGGACUCGAAGAAUUGGUUAUUGUACAUAACAUUUGCUAUGGAAGGAGAAUUUUGGACAAUUUUAUUUUCAAUUAAAACGCAACCAAAUUUACACUAAAAAAAAUAAAGGCUAAUAACCUCUAUUCACAGACUCUGAUUUGCAAAAUUUCAAUUUUCAGAAUUCGAAUUAACAAAUGGAAUUGACGAGUUUGUUAUGCUUGUGGGUGCCAUGGAUACCAUUAAUGUUCUGUGUGGAGUUUUCGUGUCAUCUGUGUGGUGGUUUCGUGGCCGCUGCUGUUUCCGUUGACUCUCCGUUAUCUUUGUCCAGUUGCUUUGUGUUUGGUGCAAGGUAUAUUUUUAUUUUUAAUUUUUUAUUAUUUGCAAUAUUUAUUUAAUUGCAAGUUUAGUUGUGCAGCUGUUUGGUGCAGGGGCUUUGAUGGUGGAGCUACAUUCAACAUUUUAAAAGCGGAUAUUUAAAAAAUAUUUUAACAAGAAUCUGAAAAGUGGAAA